CGUGACUGCGAGUCAAUCAGUGCUCGUGAAAUAAGCUCCGAGUGCGGGUGGAAGCGUAGCGGAGGAAAUGUUCCCUUUUUCCAUACGUAAAUACGUGUCCGAUUCGUUGGAACGUUUGAGGAGAUAGAACGUAAGGCUGAGGGCGGUGGUCGAGGGACAGACUUCUAAAAACCACAAGAUGAAGAAGAUUGUUAUUUUGACUUCUUUUAUGUGUUUCAUCGAAGUCUGCGGCGAGAUCAACAUCGCUAAAUUGCUUCCGCCGGAUUAUGACGUGUCAGAGGCUCCGUUUCCCAAAGAUGGCAGCCCAAUCGCUGUUGGCAUCGGCUGGAAUAUCAAAGGAAUCUUAGAAGUCAACUUCCGUGAGAUGACAAUCUUGGCGUCCAUGUACCUACGCGUCAGGUGGGAGGAACCGCGCCUGAUCCCUAACGCUGAGGCCUACGAGGUCGGGCAGAGCCUGCCCUUGCAUUCCUCCUUCCUGAAGAAGGUCUGGCUCCCGGACCUGUACAUCCACGAGGCCACGGAGAUCAGGAAGUUCAGCAUGAUGCAGGACCUCCAGGGAGCCUACAUCCAAGAGAACUACACCAUCGUGUUUUCUGCAUUGCUUCAGACGCGUCUGGCGUGCCCCAUGUAUUUCUACAAGUACCCCUUCGAUGCCCAGACUUGCACCUUGAGUGUCUCCUCUUAUAUGCUUGGGGAAAACAAACUUCAGCUGGAAUGGAUGAAGAUAGGCGUGACGGCAGAUAAGGAGGUCAAUUAUCAAGUGCCCAGUUAUAACUUCCACAUAGUGUCCAGCGUCAUUACCAGCAAGCAUUGGUGUGAGACGGAAAAAUGCGAAUUCCGACCUUCCUCGAUAGCCAGGGUGUACCUGCAGUUCGAAAGGCGCUAUGCCGGCCACGUCCUGGCAGUCUAUCUCCCUUCGGGCAUCACUGUAUCCUUGGCUUAUAUGUCCUUCUACUGGCCACCAGAGGUCGUCCCUGGUAGGACUGUCCUGGUCAUCACUUCCUUACUCACUAUGAUCUCCAUGUAUGGUAACGUGUUGGAACGAAGUCCAGAGACGAGCUAUAUGAAGGCGGUGGACGUCUGGUUGGUUCUAUGCAUUCUGCAUAUUGCGUUGGCGUUGUUCCAGUAUGCUGUUAUUCUUACAAUCCGUCGAAGGCAGAAGGAGACUAAUGUAGGAAACGUCUUUAUAAAAUCGAAGAGCCCGAAGAUUCGACCGCUGGCGCCCUUCAUGAGGAGUGCGUCUGGAGGCUCGGCGUCCGACCAACAAGGUCCUUCUCCACCUCUCACUCCCAGAGCGAACCAGCCCUCCUCGGCCUACAGAACCGGGGGAUCUAGUGUCACACUGCGCCUGGUGUUUCACGAGCAUUACGUCGAGAGGGCGGGGCAGUUGGGACUUCCUAUCCUCUUCCUCCUUUGUUGCUUGGUCUACUGGCCUUGUUAUCUGUCCUGAGAUGACGUGAUUGACGUGCGGAAUAGGUUUCGGUGUUCUUGCUCUGAUAUAUUUUCAGAGACAAGAAAUGUCGGUCUAUUGGUUUUGUUAUCUGUUCAGAGACAAGAAAUUUAGGUCUAUUGGCCUUGUUAUCUGUCCUGAGACACGGAAUGACUGUUUAUUAGCCCUGUUAUCUGUCCUGACACAAGAAAUGUCGGUCUAUAGGCCUUGUUAUUUGUCCUGAGGCAAGAAAUGUCGGCCUAUUGGCUCUGUUAUCUGUCCUGAGACAUUGGCCUUGUUAUUUGUUCUUGUUCUGAGACAAGAAAUGUUGGUCUAUUGGUCUUGUUAUCUGUCCUAAGACAAGAAAUGUCGGUCUAUUGGCCUUGUUAUCUGUCCUAAGACAAGAAAUGUCGGUCUAUUGGCCUUGUUGUCUGUCCUGAGGCAAGAAAUGACGGUCUAUUGCCUCUGUUAUUUGUCCUGAGACUAGAAAUGUCGGUCUAUUAGCCUUGUUAUCUGUCCUGAGACAAGGACUGUCGGUCUGUUGGCCAUGUUACCUGUCCUGAGACAAGAAAUAUCGGUCUAUUGGCCCUGUUACCUGUCCUGAAACAACAAAUAGCGUUCUAUUAGCCCUGUUAUCUCCUGUGAGACAAGAGAUGUUCGUCCAUUGGGCCUGUUACCUGCAAAAUAAGUUUCACUUAGUCAAAAACUGAAAUAAGAAGAGAGUAAUACCCAGUUGACAAUGACCAAUAUGACAUUCAGAAUGAACUGGUGACACACCUUUCGGUGUCUAGAUCGUCUAAGCAUCAAGAAGGUUGUAUGUAAUAUAGUAUUUAUCUUAUCAUUAAUGUGUUAUUAUUACAUUAAAUACCUAUAAAUAUCUCAUAUCUUUUUUCAUGAAUGUUCUUCACAUUACUAGAUUAACAAAGCUGCAUUUUAAGACUUAUCUGAGUCACGGUUUCUGAAAAGACAGAAGUAUUGGUCUAGGGUACUUUGUAUAUUUAGAAUUUCUGUGCUUAGAUAACAAUAUGCUUAUCGUUAACAGACUUUCCAUUCUGUUAGUCUGUUUUAUUCUGCCGCUCUUGUCCUCAGUAAUUUACCGUCUUUUACAAAAUUGCUUACGUACGUUGUCUGACUGUGUGAAAGAAUUGUAAAUGGAUUGUACGUUCAGUAUUGUCGUAAACUGUUAAUGCGGAUAUUGACAGCCACACCAUACAUCAAUUUCAGCAUCUUUU